AUGUCUCGUCGCCUCGACAUUUCUUCCCUUCUAUGCAACGACGACACCCCCAAUGACACUGUCGUGCUCGCUCCACACCUCACUCACCGUUCUAAUCCACCCUAUCAUGCCCAUCAAUCUCCGACGACAUCCGUCUCUGCCCUCGGUGGCCUCGAAGCCCUUGUCCAAGCAGCUACAGAAGAACGUCGUCGCCUCAGCGUCUCCGACUCUGAACCUCCACACGAUGACAAACGUCACUCUCAACCCAUCAUUUCUCCCCCUACUCGCCACCAACAUCACCGCUCCUCAUGGGGCCAGUCAUCCACAAGUCCACCAGACUUCAUUCGUCCUCCUAUCCACCAUCAUCUUAUCGUAAACGAAAAGGAGGACGAUCCCGUACGCAGUAGCCCCAUAGAUGGUUUCAGAACUCUCGCAUCUCCCUAUCCUCCGCCACCACCCCCUCGUCAGCAGUACCAUGAGGAUCAUCGCAUCCAUAUCCAACGACAACGUCAGCAUCACGAACAGCUCCUUCAGCAAGAACAACAGUUGCAUCAUCAACGCGCGCAAGAGGCCGAACACGUACAAAGAGUUCAAGACAUGGAACGAGUUCAUAGGCAGCAAGAGGUAGAAAGGCAGCAGAGGUUACAGGAAGUUGAGCGCCAUCGCAUGCAGGAGAAGCAGCGCUUCCAAGAAUUGGAGCGUCAGCAGCGUUCCCAAGAGCAACAGCGGAUGCACGAGUUGGAACGCCAGCGCAUACAAGAGUUAGAGUAUCGCCAGCAACGAGCCCUCGAACAGGAGCGUCAAAUACGUUUGCAGGAGGAGCGUCAUCGCCGUUCUCAAGAGAUGGAACACCAUCAACUACUUCGGCAGGAGGAACUAAGACGUCCUGUUGUCCCUCUUGAGCCGAGAAUGAUAGAGAUUCCACCUCAUAUCCAACCACGAAAGUCGGACCCCAUCCAGAUAAACCUACCCGCAACUCCCAUCCGCCCAGAUCCGCUUGUACCGACGUCAGUGUCUCAACCUUUACCCCGAGACCAACCGCGCCUGGCCAAGAAACGUCGAUAUUCGGAUUCACCUUCCCGCCCAGAUGAAAAGGAGAGAAUCGCAGCUGAACGCGAAAAGAUGUCUGUCGGGGAGCUGGGGUAUGGCCGUGUCGAGCACCCUGUCGCCGGGCCUUCUUCCAUCCCACGGCGACCGGGCUCUGGGAAUGGUAGAAAACCGGUAGUACCAUUGGAGGAAAAGCCUGCUCUUCUCGGUAUUAAAGUCGAGGCCAGAUCCGUUUCGAGAGAUCGGGACGCGCACCGAGUCUUGAGUCCGCUCGGAAGGAGGUCACCACCGGGAAGUCAGAUCGGGAGAGCCAAGGCUGCGAGAAAGUCGGAUGAACAUCUUGACAGGAGAGAACACCUGCACCACGUCCCUCACCCCGUCGCACAUGAGGUACCCAAAAAGACCAAGGAGGAGGAGCCCAAGCCUCGACAUCGCCAUUUGGAGGAAUCGCAAGUGGGUUCAGAGAGCUCUCGUCCAAAGAAGGCUAAAGAGACGAAGGACCAACGACCCCCCCUUGCUAUACCAAAGGAGCAGCAAGACGAUCCUCACGAGUGGUUGCUUGAACACUACGCAGAUCAACCCUCUCCUUCAGCUUCCGUACGGCUCGAACCUCCUCGCUCCCCUUCUCCUUCCCUUAGUCCAGUCAUCAACACCCUUCCUGCGGCAAAACCUGCCUCUCGAACGCCCACCCCACCCCCGACUAAGCUUACCCCCUAUCCGCCAGCCCCUCGACCGGACAUUUCCGUCACUCUUGAAGACGAACUGGAGGAGCUUGUCAGUGAGCCUACACAUGUUGCCAAACAAGAGCAAGACGUUGACAUGGAUGUUGAUCUUGCGGUGACGGAACUCGUCGCGGAGACUCUGAAUGAUAAGGUUCAGGAUGUGGGGAUGGAAGUUGACGAUGAGCUCCUCAGUCUUGUUGAUGAUCGUCUCCCUGUACAAUCAAGCUCGUCGCGCCGCACUGCAUCAACGGCCAUGUCAUUGGUGGGAACUUUGCAGCCACCCAAAUCCACCUCGCGUCCCGCUGGGGACAAACGACCUGCUUCGCCUUUUGCUUUGGCAACACCCGUUUCUGCAACUUUGUUGUCGGUUCCACGGGCCUCUUCCUCACGUCCCACUCCUGAGCGAGGUUCAAUGCCCCCGCCGGCUUCCAUCAACGUUAGCGCCUCGAGUCGUGGUAAGGAUAAAGACGAUGGCGGGACGAAGAAGGAGCGUGCUGGGAGUGUCGCGCCAACUGCAACCGCCAAAAAGAAGAAGGAGGCAAACGCAAAGCCCAAGGCUACGCCGGCCGUGACGAAGCCACGAGCAAAGCCCGCGCCGAAAGGAAAGAAAGCAGAAGCUUCUACAACCUCUAAAUCAAGUGCUGGUCCGCCUGCAAAGAAAAACACUCCUAGUUCCCGAUCGCGAUCGACUUCUGUUCUGCCCGGGGGUUCGGUUGGUGGCGAUACCCCAAAGGCGGAUAAGCAGGAGGAAGAGGAAGACUCUGGCGCCGAAAAUGAGGAUGAUAAGCUGUAUUGCGUCUGCAAAACUAGGUACGACGAGGAUCGAUUCAUGAUUGCAUGCGACAAGUGCGAUGAGUGGUAUCAUACACAGUGUGUAGACAUGCCGGACCUUGAGGUUGAUCUGGUUGAUCAAUUCAUAUGUCCUCCGUGUAUUGCUAAACAUCCUCAUCUUUCCCUUCGCACGACAUACAAACAACGUUGCCUCUAUGGUUUGAAUCACCCUGACCCUUCGUCGACCAAGGCUUGUCACAAACCUGCCCGUGGUUUCUUUUCAAAAUACUGUUCGGACGAAUGCGGUCUCAAAUACAUGCAGUCACGGGUCGAAUCUUGGACAAAGAAAGGGGGGAACAAGGAGAAAUUGUGGGAAAGCGUGAAGAAUGCAGAAAAACGGGAAGGCAUUGUUGUUUGUCUUGAUGACAAGCAGGAGAAUGGGUGCAAGCAGGAAAAGGAUGUAAAGAAGAUCGUGGUACCGAAAAGGGGCAGAGUCGAGCAGGAGACGGAGCGUCUGAGGGGCUCGCUGGACAAUGUCGUGAAGCUGAGGGAAGAUAUCAAGAGAGGUAUGGAGGUGGUUGUUUGGAGGGAGCGGCUGCUCCAACUGGCAAGUGAGAGGGCUGAGCAGGUAGGACAGUGUGGAUGGGACCAGCGCCUUUGCUUUGGAGACGAUGAAUGGGUAGAUUUUGGAGUGGGCGUUUUGGAGAGUUACGAAAACGUCAAGGAGGAGAAGGAUAUGGAUGUGGAUGGUGUAGCUGCAGGAGAAGGCGAGUGGUGGUGUCCUGGGGAGACGGUGUGUGAUCGACAUGCUGGAUGGCAGACUGUCCGGUAUAAGGAUGUUUGCAAGGAAAAGGAGAAAAAGGAGGAAGCGCUUUUGAAGCUUACGACGCGGGAACGAGAGAUUCGCAAACGUAUUGAGGACAUUUCAGACCCACAUGGCGACCGCUCCAACGAAAAUUCUACUCAAUCGCCGCUCAAAAGCACUAAUGCGAAAGUAUCCAACGGGUAUGUUAGAACCAAAUCGACUGGCGAUACUUCGAAAAAGGGAAAGAAACGAAAAGCUCCGACCUGA